AUGGCCGUGAAGAUUGACGUCGCUGCUAAAAUGAUAGUGGCGUUGGAGGUAGGUUUCAACAAGAAAAGUGGUGGCGGAGCAGGAGGACCACGAUGGAGGUGGGGGCUAAGAGUUUCUUAUAACAUCCACCAUUUCCGUUGUCCUUACCACCAGCGACUUUGCUCCGACGACUUACCACCGUCGUCUUUUAUGUCGACAGCACCACCACCACCACCAUCUCCUCCGCCGACUUCUUCUACCGCCAUAAAUCACCACCACCUUCUCCGAUCAUCAGUGAAUAUCAAUAUCUACAUCAGAUCUUACUAG